AUGCCCUCCAAAUUCGUCGAAAUCCUCGAACCAGAGGACAUUUCCCACCUGCGACGCUCCGCCUCAGAUGUCCGACUCGAGGACGUACUCGCCGACCACGAAGCCAUCGUCGGCCGUCCACGCUCAUCAACCAACGACUCCGCCAAAUCCAAAACAAGUCUCGACGGCGGAUCAGCGCGCUGGAAGCGACUGAGCAAUAUGCUCGUUGCGACGAAGCGAGAUUGGCUCUGA